AAGUUAAUUGCCCAGUUGAGCUUCUCAGAUGCUGCAAUGUCUUGUUUUCACAUGAACGGAGAUGCACCAAGAGUAAAGGCAUUGUACCAAGAGCAGUCUUGGUUGAAGACACUGAUCUCAGACACCCAAGUGGGAAGAAAGGCUCUUGCAUGACAUGAGCCUUGGGGGUGGAGGAAUAAACAAUGCUCCUCGGUGUGGCCUCAGAUCUAGCAAAAGGAGAAAAGAAAACUAAUCAGUUCAUGUGAUGCAGCUUUGAGCAGGUCGCCUGUGGUACAAAGAGAAUCCCUUCAUGAGAAAGGCAAAGCUAAAGCAGCAACCUCAGAACAACAUGGAUUCUGGAGAGUGGAAGAGCUUCAUGGCUUUGUCCGGAUCAAGACCUGAGCGUGGAAGAUGGAGGUGCUCUCGAUCCAAGUUUUAACCUACCGAGACAUCAACGCGGUUACCAGCUAGGUCUGUUGUUGGAUUGUUGCACUGCAUCACAACUUUCGACAUUGGCUGGCCCAGCUGGGCUCCACACCCUGACAGAAUCCUAUGCCCCAGUGUGAAAUCUGUAAGCUGGUUUCUGCCUCCCUCACUCUCCUUCCUUUCUUUAUUCUUGUCUUUGGUGAAUGAUGGUGUUUCAUUGAUGCAUGGGUGUGAGGACCGUGUUGUGCAGAGUUGGAAAGAACUCGGGCCCUACAGUUGGAAAGAACCCCUUCAUCGACUGCUUUCUUCUGGGGGUUGGGUGUGGUUUAAUGACAGGGAAGGAGAGGUGGGCUACUUCUUCCAAAGCAUGCAGGGCUCUCUCUCUCUCUCUCUCUCUCUCUCUCUCUCUCUCUCUCUCUUCUUCUUCUUGCCAUCUCUUUCUUUCAGAAUAAGCUGCUGAAGUACAAUUAUUUUUUGACAGCACCCAGUUCCUUUGGGAUCAAAGACUUGUUUUCCAAGGUAAAGGGUUGGUCAAAACCCAUUGAUGCACUCACUGCAUUUAAUUCUUGAUUAGAAUACCAUGCAUUGAAAACAAUCAAGGAAACAGUUUUAGAUUCUUCAUUCGUAGAAACCUCAUGCGCAUUAUAUUUUUCCUCUUUGACAUGUUACUAACAAAUCCUCUCUUGCUAAGGCCACAAGUGUUGCACGAUAUCAGGUGUCUUUUGCUGCUGUCUGACUUGUGUUAUUGAACCAGUGGGAUUAAUUGUUCUUCCGGUCAAAACCAUUGGUAGCUGUGACCGCAAGGAUGAGCUCCUCAAAUUUCGUGCUCAGUGGAUCAUGAAUGCCAGCUUCCCAUGCAUGAUGGCCUUUUCUAUUCACCUUUUCUGACCUUUUGUAGGGUGAGUGAGACCCUCUACCCUUUUGCCGUAUAAAGAGGGUGGUGAGGAAGACGACUGAAGGAAGUCGCAACCUUUCUCCAUCGUUCAUCCAUGGGGAAGAGCAGCAGAGUCCUUCGCCCUCCAAACUCCUCCAUCGAUCCACUCCUUAGGUGCUCCUCCUCCUCGCCCUGUCAAAGUAUGGGGAGCGGUGGGAAGAGGCCGUACAAGGGGGUGAGGAGGAGAAGCUGGGGCUCCUGGGUCUCCGAGAUCAGAGCGCCGCAUCAGAAGACGAGGAUAUGGCUGGGAUCCUACUCCACGCCCGAGGCAGCCGCCAGGGCCUACGACGCCGCCCUCCUCUGCCUCAAGGGCUCCUCCGCCUCCUUCAACUUCCCCGCCUCCCUCCCCAGCCACCUUCCGGCCAGUGCCAUGUCUCCCAAGUCCAUCCAAAGAGUCGCCGCCGCCGCUGCCGCCGUCGUCGUCACCUCCCCUACGGCUAGCACGACCACCAGCCGGUCACCGUCUCCUCCCCCUCCUCCUUCUCCGUCGCUGGACGCCACCAACGAGGACCACCGGUCCACGAUGACGAGCUCGGCCACUUCGACGAGGAGCGGAGAGAUAGAUGAGCCGUGGAUCGAUCUCGGAGCCUUCCAGUCGCCACGGUGCAUGGAUCAUAUGAUCAACCCACUGAUCUCCUCUUGGCAGGAGUGCGAGGAGAUGGGAGACAUAAACCUAUGGAGCUUCUUCUAGAAGAUGGAGAUAGGUUCAUUGCUUGUUGCUUGUCUCAUCCACUGCAGCUGAGAUCAGGGAAAGCUGAGACUCGAGUAUGAGCAGCGUGGAGAUAAAUGCAUACGAUUGCGUUCCAGUCACAGUAAUGUUGUAAGGUAAUAAAUAAAGGGAGUAUUAGAGUUAUGUACUCAGCAUAUGGAAAUUUUUCUGAUGAGACAUUUAAUUGAACAAUAACAGAGUUUGGAGGAAUUCUUUAUGUACAAUGAGACCUGAGUGAGAGAUUUGGAAGCAGUUCUCUUCCUUGUCAAGAACUGGUUUGAUGCUAUGGAUUGGACAUAAAAAAGAAGAAGAGGACAUAAAUGAAAGUUGUGUUGUUUUCUCA